AUGAUCCGGCAACGCUCGUCGGUGCGGAGCCGCGGCUCCUCGUCGACGACGAUCAGCGAUCCGCGCGAGCGGAUGAAGGACUGCUGCCGCAAGUUCGUGGCGUUCAUGUGCACACAGGUCGGCGUGGGGGGGUUGAUCGUGGCGUACGCGCUGAUCGGCGCCGCCAGCUUCGUGAAGAUCGAGGGCCGGGAGCCGAACCCGCUGAUGGAGCACGUGAACGCGCUGCAGCGGAACUGCGCCGCCGAGCUGUGGAACGUGACCGAGCAGCUGAACCUGUUCAACAGCUCGAUGUGGUACUAUGAGGCGGACCUGGUGCUGAAGCGCCACCAGGAUGAGCUGGCCGACGCGAUCCGGCGCGGCUACGACUACCACUCGCCGGAGAAGAUGUGGAGCUACUCGGCGGCGCUGAUGUUCUGCCUUGCCGUCUUCACGAUGAUCGGCUACGGCAACCUGGUGCCGCGUACGCCGUGGGGCAAAGGCGCCACCGUCAUCUACGCCACGUUCGGCAUCCCGCUCUACAUCCUGUACUUCAUGAACAUGGGCAAGGUGCUGGCGUCGACGUUCAAGUGGAUCUACACCUGGCUGCACGAGUGCAGCCACCGGAGCGACGAGGAGCUGGCGCUCGAGGACGGCUCUGGGCUGGCGGGGCCCCGCAAGCGCAUCAUCGUGCCGUCCACCGCCUGCCUCUGGGUGAUCACCAUCUACAUUGCGACCGGCACGGUCAUGUUCGCCGAGUGGGAGAAGUGGUCCUACCUCGACUCGGCCUACUUCUGCGUGACCAGCCUGUGCAAGAUCGGCAUCGGCGAUCUCGUGCCCGGCACCGGCGAGGAGGAGACCAAAACCAGCAAGCUGGUCAUCAACUUCAUCUACAUGCUGCUCGGCAUGGGCCUGGUCGCUAUGUGCUACAUCCUGAUGCGGGAGGAGGUGCGCAUCAAACUGCAGGAGAUCAAGGAGGACACGCGCCUCUGCAUGGAGGACCUGAGCGCCAAGUUCGCCAAAUGCUGCGGCACCAAGGAUUCGCAGUACUACGACUGA